AUCGUCGCAGCUGGCUGCCCGCUCUGGGAAGGACAGUCUGUGUGUAAAUGAGAUGUGACUGCGUGGCGGCAGAGUUCGGUCACUGGGGCUGGAGCAAGAGGAGCCUUCCCGGGAUGCCGCUCAGAAUACCAGCUGAAAAACUCUCCCUAGUUUAACCUGGAGCCAUGUGAAGAGGUUUGAAUAGCAGAUGCCUCUCUCCUGCAUGCUAGCAAGAGAAAUUCUUCUGUAGCUUUCCGGAUCCUUUGACUUCCCGCUCCAACAGCUUUACAACCUCCUUGACAGCUUCAUAAAUGCUCUGCAAUGGUCACAUGAACGUCUCGGAAGGGGAAUCGGCACCUCCGCAGCUCCUCAUUCCCAUGGCGCUCUAGGAAGAGAGAGAACCGGCAAAGCGGCAGGUCCGACAGCAGCCGGAAGUCCCGCGAAAGAUGAAUCUGAUCGUGAAGCUCCGCAGAAGUUUCCGAACGCUGGUCAUCCUCCUGGCAGCCUUCUGCUUGGCCAGCAUCCUCAUCUCCGCCUACUUCCUCUACACCGGCUACAAGCAGGAAAUGACCCUCGUGGAAGCCACCGGAGAAGCGGAGUGUGAACCCCUCAAACUUCUACCCUACAGGGCUGCGGAGAUGAGAACGGCCAAGCCGAUUGAUCCGUCCAAAACCGAUCCCACCGUCCUCCUGUUUGUGGAGAGCCAGUACUCCCAGCUGGGGCAAGACAUCAUAGCCAUCCUGGAGUCCAGCAGAUUCCAGUACCACAUGGUCAUAGCGCCGGCCAAGGGGGAUAUUCCCCCUCUCACGGACAACGGAAGAGGGAAAUACACGAUCGUUAUAUACGAGAAUAUUUUGAAGUACGUAUCCAUGGACUCGUGGAAUAGAGAGCUCCUGGAAAAAUACUGUGUGGAAUACAGUGUUAGCAUCAUUGGUUUUCAUAAAGCCAACGAGAACAGCUCCCCCAGCACCAAACUGAAAGGGCUGCCCUUACACCUCUACAACAACGUGGCCCUCAAGGACUGCGUGGUGAACCCUCGGUCGCCCCUGCUGCGCAUCACCAAGGCUCCGAGGGCUGAGAAAGGGCCCCUGCCCGGGGAAGACUGGACAGUGUUCCAGUUCAACCAUUCCACCUACCAGCCGGUGCUUUUAACGGAGCUGCAGCCCUCCAGGCCCACCCCCCCGGCGCUGCCCAGGGCCGCUCUGUACCCGACCGUCAUCCAGGACCUGGGGCUCCACGACGGGAUCCAGAGAGUGCUCUUUGGAAACAACCUGACCUUCUGGUUGCACAAACUCAUCUUUAUCGAUGCCAUCUCUUUCCUAACUGGCAAGAAGCUGACGCUGUCCUUGGAUAGGUACAUCCUGGUUGACAUAGACGACAUCUUCGUCGGGAAGGAGGGCACGAGGAUGAACGUCAACGACGUGAAGGCUUUACUAGAGACUCAAAAUUUACUGCGCACUCAGGUUGCAAAUUUUACCUUCAACCUUGGAUUUUCAGGAAAAUUUUACCACACAGGGACUGAGGAGGAGGAUGAAGGUGAUGACCUGCUGCUGAGAUCUGUGGAUGAGUUCUGGUGGUUUCCCCACAUGUGGAGUCACAUGCAGCCCCACCUCUUCCACAACGAGUCCUCGCUGGUGGAGCAGAUGAUCCUCAACAAAGAAUUUGCCUUAGAGCACGGCAUCCCGACCGGCAUGGGCUACGCGGUGGCCCCCCACCACUCCGGGGUCUAUCCCGUGCACAUCCAGCUGUACGAGGCCUGGAAGAAGGUGUGGCACAUCCGAGUGACCAGCACGGAAGAGUAUCCCCACCUGAAGCCUGCACGGUACAGACGGGGCUUCAUCCACAAUGGCAUCAUGGUGCUCCCUCGACAGACCUGUGGCCUUUUCACUCACACUAUUUUCUACAAGGAAUAUCCUGGGGGUCCUCAGGAGCUGGACAAAAGUAUCCGAGGAGGUGAACUGUUCCUCACCAUUCUCCUGAAUCCCAUCAGCAUCUUCAUGACCCACCUGUCCAACUAUGGCAACGACCGCCUGGGCCUCUACACCUUUGCCAACCUCGCCAGCUUCGUCAAGAGCUCCACCAACCUCAACCUGCAGACGCUGCCCCCGCUCCAGCUGGCCCACAAGUACUUCCAGCUCUUCCCAGAGCAGACAGACCCCCUCUGGCAGAACCCGUGCGACGACAAACGACACAGGGACAUUUGGUCCAGAGACAAGACUUGUGACCACCUGCCCAAAUUCCUGGUGAUAGGACCCCAGAAAACAGGAACAACAGCCCUUUAUUUAUUCCUUCUGAUGCAUCCUUCCAUUAUCAGUAAUCUCCCCAGCCCAAAAACUUUUGAGGAAGUUCAGUUCUUCAACGGCAACAACUACCACAAGGGAAUUGACUGGUACAUGGAUUUCUUCCCCACUCCCUCCAACGUCACUACCGACCUCCUCUUCGAGAAAAGUGCCAACUAUUUCCACUCUGAGGAGGCUCCCAAGAGAGCUGCUUCCCUCAUCCCCAAGGCCAAGAUCAUCACCAUCCUCAUCGACCCGUCCGACCGGGCGUACUCCUGGUACAUGGAUUUCUUCCCCACUCCCUCCAACGUCACUACCGACCUCCUCUUCGAGAAAAGUGCCAACUAUUUCCACUCUGAGGAGGCUCCCAAGAGAGCUGCUUCCCUCAUCCCCAAGGCCAAGAUCAUCACCAUCCUCAUCGACCCGUCCGACCGGGCGUACUCCUGGUACCAGCACCAGCGCUCCCACGAGGACCCCGCUGCCCUGAAAUUCAACUUUUACGAAGUGAUCACGUCGGGCCCCUGGGCGCCCUCGGAGAUCAGGGCUCUGCAGAAGCGGUGCCUGAGCCCGGGAUGGUACGCUGUGCACAUCGAGAGGUGGCUGUCCCACUACCCUGCCUCACAG